AUUGGCUAGUUACUUGAGGGUCGUGUUGUAUUGGUUUAUUUCUAAGAGUGCGGGAGACCAAGCAGGAAAUGCAAUGGAUAGUGUUGUUGACUUGGUUUGUCAUUAGCUAGCUAAAUUAAGGUUUUCAGAACAGUUGUUUGACAGAACCGAGCGAUGGCGCCGAGCAAAAGGCAGCGGCGGGAGAAUGUGUCGGUGGAGCUGGCGUGUGAGUGGGGGUCCUGUCAGGAGUCCUUUAAAAGGAUGCAGGACUUCUGCGAGCACGUGGAACAGCAUCUCAAGGCGCUGCAACUGGAAGAUGAGGAACCCGAUGCCUUGGCAGAAGAGCAGAGCUGCCUGUGGCGUGAAUGUGGCUUCUGUGCGAUAGAGAGUCCCGGGGAGCUUCUGCGCCAUGUCUACUUCCACUGUUACCACACCAAGUUGAAGCAGUGGGGACAGGCGGUCUUGGAGAGCCAUCCUGAUCUAGGAUCCUGCGCACUGGGCCUGCAGAAUCGUAAUAUAGUGCCCGACAUCUCUGACAACUUCCUGUGCCAGUGGGAACACUGCGAGACCUUGCUGGAGAAUCCCGAGUGGUUUUACCGACACGUAGAAAUGCAUGGACUCUGCACGGAGAUGAAGUCCAACGGCAAGGAAGAGAGCAUGCUGCACUGCGGCUGGAAGGACUGCGAGGCAACCUUCAGGGGCCGGUUCAAACUGCGGGAGCACCUGCGCAGUCACACGCAGGAGAAGGUGGUGGCGUGCCCCACCUGCGGGGGCAUGUUCGCCAACAACACAAAGUUCUUCGACCACAUUCGCCGGCAGACUGCCAUUGAGGGUCAGAGGUUCCAGUGUUCACAUUGCUCCAAACGUUUCGCCACUGAGAGGCUGCUGAGGGACCACAUGAGGAACCACGUGAACCACUACAAGUGCCCUCUGUGCGACAUGACGUGCCCAUCGCCCUCCUCGCUGCGAAAUCAUGUCAAGUUCCGCCACAGCAACGAGAAGCCAUACAGCUGCGAGUACUGCGAGUACAGCUGUAAGAACCUGAUUGACCUACGCAAGCACCUGGACACGCACAGCAGCGAGCCUGCCUACCACUGCGACUUCGCUGACUGCAACUACGCCACCCGCUCCCUGCACUCCAUCAAGUCCCACUACAAGAAGGUGCACGAGGGUGACUUCGUCCCACGCUACAAGUGCCACGUGUGCGAGCAGUGCUUCACCCGGGGGAACAACCUCACCUCGCACCUCCGCAAGAAGCACCAGUUCAAGUGGCCCUCGGGACACCCCCGCUUCAGGUACAAGGAGCAUGAAGAUGGCUUCAUGAGGCUGCAGCUGAUCCGCUACGAGAGCGUGGAGCUGACCGAGCAGCUGAUGAAGGAGCGGCAGGAGGCGCGGGAUGGGGACCCUGACAGCCUGGCGGGCGUUGGGGAGCUGAAGGGCAUCGUGCUGGGUGGUGGGGAGGCUGUGGGCGGGGAGUCGGGCACGGACACCCAUCCCGAAGGCUGUGUCGACGGGCAGGCUGACGCCGUGUACUACAUCCUGAGCGGUGGCGGCAAUGGCGCGCUCCAGCAAGAUGCAGGCCUCCAGGGGGCGCCAGAGAUCAGCGAGGACAGCGUGAUGCUGCAGCUCCAGAACACGGCUCAGCAGCUGGGCAUGGAGGUGGUGUAGACGCCCCCAUGUGACUCUCCUGAACGCACCUCCCGCGUGACCGCUGACUGGCACAGGGCUGCACCUGAAGUACCUGAAUUUAAACAACUUUUAGUUUAAGAAUAAUCCCUGCUGAUGACUACGAAUCCAAAUGGUGGUUUCAGGGAAAAGUUGAGGCCCCACUGAUUGGUUCAUCGUUCCCAUGGACUUCCCUCCCUGUGAAAUAUAUUGGUCUGGUGCUGUUGCCGUGGUCACCGUGGUCGUGUGACCAUGAUGACGUGAAGUGGCUCUCGAGGAUGGAGUUCUCUCUCUCCACGGAAUGAGCAGCUUUGACCGUGCACCCCCCCCAGCAUCGCUAAUGAUUGUGGGAGGUCACCAUACACAUGCCUGUAGUGAGUGGGGUUCACAUCCUCAUGAAUUUUAAGUUCUGUUCCGGCAUUUUUUUUUUUGUUUGUGAUCGGAAAGCUCUGUUUUGGCUGUUCAUCUAAGACUGUUAGUUGAUGGAACUCGGCUGUCAGUUUUUAAAGAGAUCCGUCGCAACCCGGAUAUCUUGACAAAGCGGGGUUCGCUGUUCUCUGGUCUGGUUUUGUUCCUCUUAACAUGGAGCGGUAGCAGGUUUGCGCGUGUGUGUGUGUGUGUGUGUGUGUGUGUGUGUGUGUGUGUGUGUGUGUGUGUGUGUGUGUGUGUGUGUGUGUGUGUGUGUGUUUUAGCAGUCGUGUUUGUUUUACUUCAGUAGGGGGCGCCUGUCACCCUACAUGUACAAUACCGCAUAUAUGUUCUACCUCGCUGGAGCGUCAGACCCGAGUUUCGCCCCAGAGAUGGUCAGAUGCUCCAUAAACGCCGGUCACAUGUGCCAUUCUCCUCUUUUUUUUUUUGCGCUCUCUUGCCAGCCACAAGGAUGGUGGGGGGUGGAGGGUCUCUGUGCUUUCAAACUCUUUGAGCGGUGUUUGCUGAAAAACGAACGAAAUCUGUUUUGACCUCUGUUACAAUCCCUGGGGGCCGACUGGUUUAAUUUUCAAUAAAGACAGUUCUGGUUUCAACAUGUUAA